AUGCGCUACGCGGAUCCCUCGGCGAACCGGGAUUUGUUGGGGAACCGAACUUUGCUCUUCAUCUUCAUCUGCGCCUUCGCGUUGGUGACCUUGCUGCAACAGAUCUUAUAUGGCCGAAACUACAUCAAAAGAGGCCUCCAGUUUGGUUGGCAGAAUGGCGACCAGCUGGCCAAUUGGACGGGGCUCUUUAAUGUCACGGACGAUCCAGCAGUGCAGAGCGGCAGUGACUCCAGCUCCAGGUACUUUGAAUUUUACGAGGGCCCUUUAGAAUACAACUCCACAAGAUGUCUGGAGCUGAGGCACGAAAUCUUGGAAGUGAAGGUGCUGUCCAUGGUGAAGCAGUCGGAGCUGUUCGACAGGUGGAGGAGCCUGCAGAUGUGCAAAUGGGCCAUGAACAUCUCCGAAGCCAACCGGUUCAAGUCCACUCUGUCCAGGUGCUGCAAUGCUCCCUCCUUCCUCUUCACCACCCAGAAGAACACUCCCCUGGGGACGAAGCUCAAGUACGAGGUGGAUACCAGCGGCAUCUACCACAUCAACCAGGAGAUUUUCCGCAUGUUUCCCAAGGACAUGCCCUACUACCGGUCCCAGUUUAAGAAGUGUGCAGUGGUGGGCAACGGAGGUAUCCUAAAGAACAGCCGCUGCGGGAGGGAGAUCAACAGCGCUGACUUUGUUUUCCGGUGCAAUCUACCCCCCAUCUCAGAGAAAUACACCACAGAUGUUGGGGUGAAGACAGAUGUGGUCACCGUGAAUCCCAGCAUCAUCACAGAGAGGUUCCACAAGCUGGAGAAGUGGCGGCGGCCCUUCUACCGCGUGCUGCAGGUGUAUGAGAAUGCCUCCGUCCUGCUGCCCGCCUUCUACAACACACGCAACACCGAUGUGUCCAUCCGCGUCAAGUACGUGCUGGACGACUUCCAGUCGCCACAGGCCGUCUACUACUUCCACCCGCAGUACCUGGUCAACGUGUCGCGCUACUGGCUCAGCCUGGGGGUGCGAGCCAAGCGCAUCAGCACCGGCCUAAUCCUGGUCACCGCGGCACUGGAGCUCUGUGAGGAGGUGCACCUGUUCGGCUUCUGGGCCUUCCCCAUGAACCCCUCAGGGCUCUACAUCACCCAUCACUACUAUGACAACGUCAAGCCCCGCCCGGGCUUUCACGCCAUGCCUUCUGAGAUCUUCAACUUCCUGCACCUGCACAGCCGCGGCAUCCUGCGCGUGCACACGGGCACCUGCAGCUGCUGCUGAGGGCAAGAAGGCUGCCCGGCCCCACCCGGCACCCAGCACCUCACCCGUCCUCUCCCCCCUGCGCCGGGCAGGGCAGUGCGAGGGCCUGGAUGAAACGCCGCCACUCCCUCGGUAGUUCAGCUUCGUACUUGGGUCCUGUGGGCCCAGAGACAGGGGUGGGGGCUGCGGCAGUCAGCUCUGUGCCAGGCAUCCUGGACCUUAGCCUGGGCCCUGUGUCUUGGCCCUGAGCACAAUGAGAGAUCUGGGCCCUGGGGACUGCAAGUGAAUAAAGCACAUUUCCACUCAAUUUUAGCAUCCAAAAGGAGCACAAACUGUAGCGGCCUUGUCACCUACAGGAAGGAAGGCCCACAGAGAAUGGAAAAGGGGGAGACAGGACCUGUGAGCAUGUGUGAGGUUUAAUUCAGACUUUUGGGUUCCUGAGUUUUAUACCUAGGCCUCAGCCCUGAUUUGCUCUCUAGAAUCUCAGAGCUUAGAGGGCAACCCAGCCACCAGACCUUCCUGUGAAGACAGAGUGGCUCAGAGAGGUCCAGAGGCUUAUCAACCAAGGUCACACCAACUGACUGAGUCCAUUAAAGUGACAUCACGAGAUGGAAUGCAAGGCCUGUGUGUUAGGAACUUCACCAAGAUACCCUCAGCUGAGGAGAGCCACAACUUUCAAAUACACACACACACACACACACACACACACACACACACACAGUCUUGGUGCCUCCAAAUCCAAUCCUGCAUUUGAUCUUUUGAUGAGAAGGAAAUAAACCAGACCAGCCCUUGCACUAAGGUUUUCAAGCCAAUGUUAUCGACUUAAUAAGUGCUGAGCGAUUUGCUUCCUCUUCUGUCUCCUUAUUUUCGGCUGUUUUAACCAGGAGUGAUUUAUAAGAUCCAUUCCUCUUUCUGUUCCUGAAUCCUGCAGAAUCCUGCUAUAUCGCAUUCCUGAACAGGAAUCGUAAGGCUCUGGCUGGCUGGUGCUGACAUGUAACUGGAGAGCUCAGUGCUUAGUGGACGGAAGCACAUCAUGGCCUCUGAUACCGGCGUCACUGAAGGGUCUGCUGUAAAGAUGGGACUUCCCCCAUGGCACAGCCUGGUGGCCUGCAGGCAUAUGGACCCACAGGGCCUGCACUUUGGGAAGUCAGCUGUGCCUAGGCUGAAAGGGCUUUAACCUGCCAUGUUGCAUCUGAAAUCCAUUCCCUUUGCUUCCCGCUGGCGUCUCCAUCAUUAACGCAGCUGUGCCUAGUUGACACCGGUGGUGAAUUGCCUUAGAAUUCAGCUUUGUGUACUCAGCGCUUGGGGGACGUCAGCCCCUUCCCUCCUUCUAUCCCCCCCCUUCCCUCCUGUCCCCUUUCCCUUCUUCUUCCUUUUCUUCCCUCCCUCCUGUAAACAGGCCUAUUCCACAAGCCUGUUCUGCUUUGCUCUGGGGGUGGGCUUGGGAAGACAUGAUGACAACUCCGGGCGUACCUCGUUUUGUUGCCCUUCACUUUAUUGAGCUCUUCACAGAUGUUGUGUGUUUUUUACCAAUUGAAGGCAAGACCCUCCACCAGCAAAAAGGUUACAAUUCACUGUACGGCGGUGGUCUGGACCCGACCUCGCAGUGUCUCUGGGGUCUGCCUGUCUAGGCGGUAUUUCUGUCUAAUAGGGAUAGCGGGCAGAUCAUUAACAAAAUCCAGCCCCGAAUGCUGGGUGCUCUGAGGAGGGGGAGGAAGAGCCAGGAGAACACAGCCGGGAGCGUGCUUUUAUCUGAUCACCUUAGUUUACAGGCAGAGCAACAGGCCCAGCCAAUAGGAGACAGCGGAGAGCGCAGGUGCCAUCCUGCGCCUCCAGGCUUACGACCCAGGCUCUUUCUUGGCGAAACCACUUCACUUUGGCUUGUGUUUCAUGUUGGUGGGUCAUUAUAGACCAUGUGCUCCUUGCACAGUGCUGUUCUACAUGCUGACCUUCCACCUUUCUUCUGAGCUCCAGUCCCAACUUGGAAACCAUCUGGUUGCUCGGAGCCUCAGUCUGCUUGUCUGCACAGCAGGGAAGUAGCCAGGUGACAAGGUUGGCCCAAGUCCUUGGUAAAACGGGAAAAACUGCUCAAGGACAGUUAUGGAUGGUUAUGCUUUCUUGGCUUCUGCCUGUUUCUCCCAAGGAAGGAGCUUCUGGGAAAGAUUCUGGUAAACUGACGUUUUCAGUCACUCGUCUGUAGUUAAUUGAGCCCAGUUCUUGAGACCAUGGAAUGUCAGAACUAGAAGGCUCUUAAAGACCAUUUUGUCCUACUUAAGGAAACAGGCACAGAAUGAGGUGUCACCUUGGUCAGGUCAUACCUGGGUCUCUACCGAGUGCCUGCUGUGGACAGACCCACUUCCGGAAGCCCUGGGCGUAAUGUUUAUGUUCCAGGUGGGGCAGUAUUUGGGAGUUGAAGCCUCGGUGAGUCAGACAUCAGGGUUCUCACAGCCGAGGGUGUUGUGGGCUGGUGUCUGCCUCAGCCAGGGCCGUUGUAAGAGCUGGGGAUGGAGCAGGAGGAGUCACCCCACGUAGGAGCUGGGUCACAUGACUCAUGGUCCUAUUUCUGCUCUAGUCUUAGGGCAAGUCUCUUCCUCUCCCUUAGGGUCUCAGUUUCCGCAUCUCUACAACUAGAGGCUUCGGUCUCUAGGGUCUCUAUAAUCUCAAAUUUCUUUUGAGGCAUUCAUGAUUUUCGGAACGAAGCCAUAAAUGAUAUUUAUGAUCAUCAUAGCUAAGAUUUACCGACUCAUUCUGUGUCAGGCCCUAGACUGAGCACUUUCUGGGCACUAUCUCCUGUAAUCGUCACAGGACUUCCCUAGGUAAGAAGGCUCCCAUUGGACAGAUGGGGAGACUGAGGCUCAGAGUGAUUCAGUGACUUGCCAAUGGUCAGGCACCCAAUGAGGAAGCUGCAUCCAUGUCGUAGAACCCCUAAGCCUGUGCUCCAAACCUCUGUCUUCGCCACUUCCCAACCAGUGUCGAACAAGAUGGAUCCUGACUGAGAUUCCACUGCAGGGUGGUACUCAGCCCUCUCUAGGGACAAUUGCUUUGGGAGGCUGAGUACAGGAGGCUGUCUUGGGUCCAAAACGCAGUCUUCGCUUAUAGGCGCCCCACUCCCCCUAACCCUGCCCCUGGCAGUAGCACUAACCCACCCACAGUAGAAUGGAUGCCGUCCUGGCACUGGAGGGGAACUGAGGCCAUAUCCACAUUUUGCAGGUGAGGAGAGGUGCCCACAUUAAAUGGCAGCAUGUUGAGUGACUUGCUCAAGGUCCCAUGGCCAGCUAGUACCUCAGCUGGGACUCGCCCGAUCUCCUGAUUUCUAGGCCAUGCUCUUUUUCCUGCAGCCAGAGUUUGUAGAACAAACGUUUUUCAAAGGCUCAGAAAGACUUGGGCAUUGACUCAGGAAGCCUCCGUCACGUUCCUCACUACCCCACCCUGUGUUGUAGACUACCAGUUAAAUUCUUAUUUAGGGGCAGUUGACGCGCCACAAACAAAAGUGCAUCUUCCUUUGUGCUAAACCUACUGCUUCAGGGUUGAAAGGCAGCAAAAACAAGUAAAUAAAUGACUUGGUGCUUAGCCAAGCAAAAGGGAAGGUGACCCACGGUCAGGUGCAGCCUCUGAGACCAUUUCAGCAGUGCUGUCACAGCAACUCUGCCCAGCUUAUCACCUGGUGCCACAGAGAGCCCAUCACCCUUGACUUUACUGAGCAUGGGGAGGAGGCAGGGGCAGCACUUUCUGACAAUCAAAGGACAGCACAGAGCUGGCGUCAGCCAGGGCUUCAACACAUAUUAACUGAGGGCUCACUUUGUGCCAGGCAUUGGGCUGGGUGCUGGGGAACUCUCGUGGUGAUGACCAAAACGUAGGCCCUGCCCUCUUGGAGCUCCCAGUCCAGUGGGUGUAUCCAGAUGCUGAACCAGGAGGCCCACAAGCACCCACGGGCUGUGCUGAGUGCUGGCAAGUCCUGGCUUGGGGAUAGUUGUCAGGAGAGGAGGGCAAGCACAUGGCAGAGUCCAGCCUGAAUUCUGAAGGUGGGCGGGAGAAAGAUGGUAAUCGCCAAAGCAGUGGACACUUCUUAGGCCUCAUCCUUGACAUCCAUGUGACAUGUGACAGAGGUGGCCUCUGGUUUUUUUGAGUCUUCUUCUCCUUUGUUUCCUGACAAACCACUCUCCCCCAACUUUCCCCCUGUCUCUCUGAAUGUUCCUGCUCUGGCCCCUUUAUUGAUUCAUCUUCUGUGAAGUUACCUCAGGGUUCUCUUCUCUUUCUAGGAACAUUCCUUCAGAAAUCUUCUCUCUUCACAGCCUCAAGUCUCUCCUGUCCUUGCAUCUUAAACCCCCUCCCUCCAGACCGGUUCUCCCUCAGAGCAUCAGAAAUGUGCUCACUGUGGCCUCCUACACACCUGUACCUACGCCCUCUCAAACCUCAAUGUGUCCUCGACUGGGAUCAUUAAAAGGACAAUCUGGACUCCGUGUCACCUCCUGCCACUUACUAGCUGGGUGACCUCCGGGGAGCUGUGAAGCCCCUAGAGGCUCAGUUUCAUCAUCUGAGAAACGAAGCCAGGAUACCAGCCUCACCAGUUGUGACAAGGGUUACGUGGAUUAGGGUUACACGAUGCCCAGCACAGUAAUCGGCACUAACUAGACACCCAGUGUUUGCAGGUUCCCUCUGCCUCCUCCCUUCCCCGGUCAUCCCUUGGUGAAUGGCUCUACCCCACCACUGGCCACUUAACCCCAAACCUGGGUCACCCGUGGUUCUUCCUGCUCCUUCACCCUCUAGGUUGUUUUGUUUUCCAAAUCACGUCAAUUCUAACUCUUAAAUGUCCCUUGAAUUCAUUCCCUACCUGCAUCUCUUCUGCCCUCAACUCAGGCCCUCUGACUGAUCUUCUGCUUCUAGAGAAUUACUUUCUGGAAACCCCUUUGGUGGAGUCCCUUGCCUGCCUGUACCAUAUAGUCCAGAUUCCCUACUGAGUCAGGUAGGGCACGGCCCACGCUGGCUCACUCACUUCCUAGAGACCCUCCUGCCAUCUUCCCACCCCAUCCCCAUACUCCGCCUGUGCCUGUGCCCAAGCUGUUGCAAAUGCCGGGAUUGGCCCCACAUUUCUGCCUUCCUCUCUCCUCCCCGUUACUCUGUCACUCUUGAAGAUGAUGUCAAGUCAUGUCCUGUGUCCUCCCCUCUGUGAACCUGAGCUGGGCACCCUCUCCUCUGUUCUGCCCCAACCGUCGCUGACUUCUGUUAGGACAUCCUCAUGGCACAUGGCGUGGGCAUCCUGUGUCCUUGGCUGAGGGUUUGUCCUUUCGCUAAGGGAAGCCGCCACAUCUGGCUCAUCUUGGGCCCCCAGCACUGGCACAUAGACACAUGUUUACGUGGCAGUGGGGUCUCCGGUUACCUAGUGGGCUCCACGGGUCAGGAAACCCUGUUAAUAACCUGAGUAACACCUGUGAAAUUAUCAGCUUAAGAGAGUCCUCUGUAUUUUUUUUUUUUUUUUUUGCCUAGUACCUUUUCUGUGGAAAGCUUGAGCUACUCAGACUCCACCGCCUAUCCUCGGGGAGCUUGGGGCCCAGGAGGCUGAACUGUCUGUGUUUUGGUGGCUUGCUGGCUCUCUCACCGUGUCUCUGUUACCCUCUUUGUUUCCCAUUACAAUCUUCUUGCUCAUCCCUUUUGCCUGCUAACCAACCCUGUUUCUCUAGUUUAAACUAAAGAAGGGAAGGAUGUUUUCUUUUUUCCCUUCCUUCCAUUUAUCUUCCCUCCUCAAAACCGUAUAGAGUUAUCAGGAUCUUGUGUCACUGUGCUGAGGUGCAAGUUGGCAUGAGGGAUUUAUCAAUAGUGUCACAAAAAACAAGUGGAACGUGUUACUUAUUGGCUGAGAAAGAGAUGAGCUAAACUCUGCCAACCGUGUGCUCCAGAGGCCUGGUGGAAGGCCAAGACCGUGGGGCUCUUUUCUUGGGGCGGGGCAGAGGAUGGUGCUGUCUGAGUUUAGCACACACCCUGGCCUCUCCCAGCCACCGAGGCACCCGUCCUCGAGGAGGCCGCUUGUGGCGCAGGGUCAGACAAGGCCAGCGUGCGCCUACUGGUGUUUGGAGGUCUGGUCAAAGCAGGGCAGUGUUGGAGGUCGCUCACAUCCUACAAGGCAUCGUGAUACAGCAGUGUGUUCUUUAAAGGGGGGAGUGCACAUCACCUGUAUCGGAAUCCCCUGGGUGCUUGUUAAAACCCCAGCUCUGAACUCGGGGCCUGUCGGGGGAGGGCAGUGAUGCCAAGGCAUCGGCUUGGCGCAGCGUCCCAGGUGACGUUGGCAGGCACAGCUGCUGGAGAACCACUCUGCACCGCUUGUGGUUCAGGGGCUGCCGCCAGGUGAGGGGACGACGUCCGGCUCACAAUUCAGACUGGAGUCUUAAGUUAGAAAAGAGUGAAAACAAGAAUCUGGCACACGACCCAACUUCUGUGUUUUCUAUAAAUAUAAAUGCACCACAUCACCCGCUAUUAAACUAGCAUCACAAAUUCACUGCUCAGGAAUCUGUGACAUUUACAGGACCUGUUUUGGCCUUGACAUUAUCAGAGAUUUCUGGGUUUGUUUUUGUGUUUUGUUUUGUUUUCAUUUUUAAUUGUGGUAAAACGCACAUAAAUUUACCAUCUUAACUAUUUUUAAGUGUACAGUUUGGUAAUGUUCAGUAUAUUCACACUGUCACGCAACCAAUCUCCAGAGUGCAUUUCACCUCCCCAUGUCCCCCUCUCCCAGCCCCUGGCAACCACCCUUCUGCUUUCUGAUUCUGUGGACCUGAUGCCUCUACGUACUUCAUAUAAGUGGAAUCGUACAGUGUCUGUAUUUUGGGGACCGGCUUAUUUUAUAUAGAAUCGCUUAGGUACUAGCUGUUCUCCAAUGACAUAAACUGUUUUCAGUGUCCCUAUAAUAGAAUUCUGAUUUUUGUGUUUGUCUCGAGCAGUUGUCCUGGGUCAGUCCCUGGCUUCCGGCAGCCUUGGCGCCUUUGCCGAAGGUCAGAGCAGACCUGGUCUUGCUUGGACAGCUGGACUCCGUGUCCCAAGAGGCAAAAGCUUUGCACAUGUUUUAUGACACUUUGGAUAUUUCCACUGCAUAGUCUCUUUUGUGAACCUUUUUCUCUUUAAAAAACAAAGAAAAGAAAGAGAAAUACACACGACCAUGACUUAGCUCUCGGCACCAAAGGCAGAAAUCAGUGACUGUCUCUCUUUCCAGUUGGGGGAUGGUUCCCUUGGCAACCAAGUAGCUCAUUUUCUUCAACUAAAGAAUUUGCUCAGCUUUGGGGUAAAAGUUUUAUAUCCUCUAGAAUUGUGGGGGGAGUUCCUGGCCCACUAGGGGAGAAAGCUGGGCGCAGGGCUCUGGCUUCCUCCACCCCCCAAAAAACAAACAGAAGGAGGGUCCCACAGAAAUGAACUGAGUGACCUGGAGCUGGAUUCACACCCACUGGAUCAUGUUCUUCCCUCCUUACCCACUUUCCCUUCUGAAAGUUGAAACCAGCUAGUUUCCGUGUUUCCCCGAAAAUAAGACCUAGCUGGAAAUCAU